AGCACAGUCAGCUGAAAUCCAGAGCUCGGCUCAGAAGCUCACAGAGAGCAGACAGAACGCAGCAGCUUCGACUGGGAAACACCGCCAGACUCAGCAAAGGCAUGGAAUUUGGACACGAAACACAAACUCUGAAUGGCAAAAAGAGGGAUCUAAAGCCAUAUGCUGCAGGAAUGCUUUAAAGUUUCCUUGUAAGCUUGCUUUUUCAAAAAGGCUCUUAAGUUUCCAUUUCAAGUGACGCGACACAGGGACAAUCCAUCUCUCAGGGCAGCCCAUCUGAAGUGGAUCAUGCCCCCUAGAUAGCAGCUUCAUCCUCCUAUCCACUCCCCCUCCCUACCCCUAGCCCCUUCCUUUACCUUCCUGGUCCAGCACCAUCACUGCCACCUGUGUCACCACAGCCACCAUGCCCCCCAGGAAGAGGACGCGGCCGGGUCUAGGUUUUCUGUGCUGCUUUGGCAGCAGUGAACCCCCGGAGAUCAACCUCAAGGACAGCGUGCCCCUGCAGCUGCUGGAGUUCAGCGCCCCCAUGCCGCCCGCUGAGGAGCUGCAUGCACGUUUCUCCGAACUAGUGGAUGAACUGGACCUGACGGAUAAGAACAGGGAGGCCAUGUUCGCUCUGCCCGAUGAGAAGAAAUGGCAGAUCUACUGCAGCAAGAAGAAGGAGCAAGAGGACCCCAACAAGCUGGCCACCAGCUGGCCCGACUACUACAUUGACCGUAUCAACUCCAUGGCUGCUAUGCAGACUCUGUUUGCCUUUGAUGAGGAGGAAAUGGAAAUGAGGAACAAGGUGGUGGAAGAUCUGAAGACAGCGCUUCGGACUCAGCCAAUGAGGUUUGUCACACGCUUCAUCGAGCUCGAUGGCCUCACCUGCCUCCUCAACUUCCUGCGCAGCAUGGACUACGAGACGUCAGAGAGCCGCGUCCACACCUCCGUCAUUGGCUGCAUCAAAGCCCUGAUGAACAACUCCCAGGGCCGCGCGCACGUCCUGGCCCACCCGCAGAGCAUCAACACCAUUUCACAGAGCCUGCGGACGGAGAACAUCAAGACUAAAGUGGCGGUGCUGGAAAUUCUCGGGGCGGUGUGCCUGGUGCCUGACGGACACAAGAAGGUGCUGCAGGCCAUGGCACACUACCAAAAGUACGCUGCUGAGCGGACUCGCUUUCAGACGCUGCUGAAUGAGCUGGAUAAGAGUACAGGCCGCUACAGAGACGAGGUCAACUUAAAGACCGCCAUCAUGUCCUUCAUCAACGCAGUGCUCAACGCUGGAGCUGGGGAGGACAACCUCGAGUUCCGCCUCCACCUAAGGUACGAGUUCCUGAUGUUAGGCAUCCAGCCGGUCAUCGACAAGCUCAGAGAGCACGAGAACGCCACUCUGGAUAGGCAUUUGGACUUCUUUGAGAUGGUGCGGAAUGAGGAUGACUCUGAGUUGGCCAAAAGAUUUGAUAUGACGCAUGUAGAUACUAAGAGUGCCGGUGCCAUGUUUGAGCUGAUCAAGAAGAAGCUGAGCCACACAGAUGCCUACCCAAACCUCCUCUCCAUCCUCCAACACUGCCUGCAGAUGCCCUACAAGCGUGGCGGCGGCAGCCUGCAGCACUGGCAGCUCUUAGACAGGAUCCUUCAACAGUUAGUCCUACAGGACGACAAGGGAGAGGACCCCGACGCGGCCCCUCUGGACAACUUCAGUGUUAAGAACAUUAUUCGCAUGUUGGUCAAUGAGAAUGAGGUGAAACAAUGGCGAGACCAGGCAGAGAAGUUCAGGAAAGAUCAUGUAGAGCUGCUAGCUAAACUAGAGAGGAAGGAGCGGGAGUGUGAAACCAAGACCCAGGAGAAGGAGGAUAUGAUGAAGACUUUGAACAAGAUGAAGGACAAACUCCAGCGCGAGGGAGUGGAGCUGCGCUCAGCCAGGGAGCAAGUCCAGGACCUGUCCUCACGAAUCACUGACAUAGCUGGCGGCACUGUGUCUUUCCCGCCUCCUCCUCCUCCUCCUGGGGCACCCAUGGCUCCGCCUCCGCCACCUAUGACGGCUGGCUUUCCUCCACCACCUCCUCCACUACCAUUCAGCUGCCCGCCUCCUCCACCGCCUCCCCCUCCACCUGGAGGGCCGCCUCCUCCACCAGGAGCCCCUCCCAUUUUUGGAGUCCCGCCUCCUCCCAUUCCCUCUUUUUUCAACUCAGCGACCACCAUGAGCUCCAAGUCCAUCCCUCAGCCUUCUCAUCCGCUGAAGUCCUUCAACUGGGCCAAACUAGGAGAGAAUAUGAUCAAUGGCACCAUCUGGAACAGCAUCGAUGACCUGAGAGCUUUCAAGAUUCUUGACCUCAAGGACAUAGAGAAGAUGUUUUCAGCCUAUCAGAGACAACAGGACCUGCUCACUAACCAAUCCUUCAAACAGAAAGAGACGGGCUCUAUGGAUGACAUAUACGUCAGCACACGGAAAGUCAAAGAGCUGUCGGUCAUUGACGGUAGACGUGCACAGAAUUGUGUCAUCCUGCUUUCAAAGUUAAAAAUGAGUAAUGAAGAGAUCAAGAGGGCGAUCCUAGAGAUGGAUGAGAGGGAAGAGCUAGCCAAAGACAUGCUGGAGCAGUUGCUGAAGUUUGUCCCAGAGAAAAGUGACAUCGAUCUCUUGGAGGAGCACAAACAUGAGCUGGAGCGGAUGGCCAGGGCUGAUCGCUUCCUCUUUGAAAUGAGCAGAAUUGACCACUACCAGCAGAGACUGCAAGCUCUGUUCUUUAAGAAGAAGUUUGCAGAGCGUCUAGCCGAAAUCAAGCCUAAGGUUGAAGCCCUCCUGACUGCGUCCAAGGAGGUGGUCCGGAGCAAGAGGAUGACUCAGAUCCUGGAGGUGGUGCUGGCCUUCGGCAACUUCAUGAACAAGGGCCAGAGAGGAAACGCUUACGGCUUCAAGGUCUCCAGUCUCAACAAGAUCGCUGACACCAAGUCCAGCAUAGACAGGAAUAUCACCAUGUUGCACUACCUGAUCAUGAUCUUUGAGAAGAACUACCCUGACACCUUAAACAUCCAGCAGGACCUCAGCAGUGUACCAGAGGCUGCCAAAGUCAAUUUGUCGGAGUUGGAAAAAGAGGUGCACAGUAUCAAAAGUGGACUGAAGGCUCUAGAGGCGGAGCUGCACUACCAGCAGAGCAGGACGAGGGAACGUGGGGAUAAAUUUGUGGCUGUGAUCGGUGACUUCAUCACCGUGGCUGGCUUCGGUUUCUCUGAACUUGAGGACCAGCUGAGUGAAGCCAAGGACAAGUUUACCAAAUCUCUGAAGCACUUUGGGGAGGAAGAAGGGAGGAUGCAACCCGAUGAGUUCUUCGGGAUAUUCGACACCUUCUUGCAGUCGUUCAGCGAAGCACGGCAAGACCUGGAGAACAUGCAGCGACGUAAAGACGAGGAGGAGAGGAGGGCACGAAUGGAGGCCAUGCUGAAGGAGCAGAGGGAGCGGGAAAGGCGGGCCAAGAAGAGCGGGGCCUCAGACGAGGUCGGUGGGGAGUUUGACGACCUGGUGUCGGCGUUGCGUUCCGGUGAGGUCUUCGACAAGGACCUGAACAAAUUCAAGCGUAACCGCAAGCGCUCCGUCAACCAGCUGGUGGAGGGUGGGGGCCGCGAACGAGCUGUCACCAAGGUCAACUACUAGGUCAGGAAAAGGAAGGAAAAAAAUAAAGACAAGAUGCCUAAAUUCUGCCGUGGUGUAGAUCUCUGAACACCUUUAGUCCAGGUCCUCGAACGGUGACCAAUGACAUUGGAGAGGAUGUAAGUAACGGCUGAACUGGACAUGUAGCGACAUGUGUGGACAGCCACGCCGUUUUGAAGGAUGCAACACUCUCCUCUGAUUGGUCUUGUAAAGCUAUUUCCAACCCGUUUGUCCUGGACGAUCUCCUGAGCUGGACGAAGAGCAGUUGGGAUGGAUGGAUGGACGGACAGACCACUGUGACACAUUAUCCCAUAUCUUUUGACCAUAUCCCUUUUAACACUGUGCUCAAGCUUCCAGCUCUCUAUCACCCCGUUUUUCACUGCUCUUUUUCUUCUCACAACCCUUCCGCUGUUCCCCACUAAGUUCCUUGGUGCUGGAGCAGCACUAUCUUUUUGCUAUCUGGCUCUACAACACACAGGACAUUGGGAUCAGCCAGUCACACUGUACAUAGACAUGAGGCCAAUAGAAAAGAUUGGAAAAAGAAGGUGUGCAGGGGGAACUAAGCCAUAACCUCCACAGUCAUGGUUGCUUCAAGUUUUCCCGCAGGAAAGACAAAUUUUUCAGCCACAGAACAGGUCGAUGUUCAUGAACUUGCCCUGCUGCAAAGAAGGGCGUGCAGUCAGCAAAUCCCAGAAUGCUUUAUAGGCUUCUGAAAGAGAGAGGAAGGAUACGCAACGGAAGAUUCAUCCCAAUGUCCUCCUCCAGCACACAGCAUUCCCUGGGAGUAGAUCCCGUGCUGCGCUUCAGAUACAACUCUUCUCAAGGAAACAAACGGCUUCUCAGCUUGAUCCACCUGACAAAAUGUCGACUGUGCCACAAGGGUCAAGCCUCACCUACACUCUUUCAGCAUUGUUCUGGCAUUAAUCAGUGCCAAAGCAAAGAGAAAACAAUGUAAAUGUAUUAAUACAAAACAAUACUGCAAUUAGGCGUUGAUAUAUAUUUAUAUUUAGAUGCAGACAAGCUAAUUGCAAAGAUGUAGAGGUUUUUUUAUGUUUUCAUGGCAUUUGGGGGUUUUGUACACGCAAUGCAUUAUUUGUUGGUGUUGCAAGUUCACAUUGCUGUUGAAGUGAAUUUCUAUACAUUUUGCGCUAUGUAAAUAAGACUGCUCGUCCUUUUCUCACACCUGUAUGUCUCGUUUGCACUGUAGCUUUUCUGACAAACUUUAGACUCGUAGGUUUCCACAAGCCGAUCUACAGUGUCCUCUCUGUACUUUAAUGACCUUUAUCUGUAACAAAGAUAAUGAAGGAAUGCCAUAUAUGAUUUUAAACCUAAAGGCACAAUCUGUGGUUAGUUUACAGUCAUCUUCCUGCUCAGCUGCCAGUGUGCAUGGUUCACAUCUGAAUGUCAUGUCCACUACAUCUGCUGCAACUAAAAUGCAGAGCACAGGGACUCGCAGAAGUGGCCAAAAGGAUGCUACAACAGUUCUGGUAGGGCCUUUAAUUAUUCUCAUCCAUAGUGUCUGUAGGAUCUGUUCCACUGGUGCUAAAACAAUGCGGUCUCUGGACAGAGCCAUCAGUACAGUUAAGAUUCUCAAGUUAAACUAGGGCUUAUUACUCUGUUACCAAGAUUCAGGCAUUUCUGUGAGUUUUUAUUUCAGUUGAUGUUGUAAUCUCAGACCACACCAUGUGCUGAGUCUGUUAUUGUAAAGUCAGGGUACAACAAAGCACUUAAAGGGUUCACAACUUCUUCUAGUGGCUUGAUCAGCUUGAUCAGUUAGUUAGCUAGGGUUCUUUAAUGGUGUACAUGGACUCUAACAGGAAGACAAAAGCCUCAGAGAGACUCACAGAAAACAGUUUCCUUCCAAGUUCUCUCACGCGUUUGUUUACAUAAGGCUAGACCCCGUUACUAUGGGCAACCUGUUGCCAAACAAGAGUCAGACUCACACACUGAUGCCAACCUAGGUCUCCUUUUUGAAAUAUUCAAUGUAUGUUUUUUAAAUGUGUCUAUAUAUGCAUUUCUAAAACCUUAGCAGGCAUGACAAAAGCUGCAAUGUAUGGGCUCGCCUCGGUACAACAUCUUCUUGAAGAUGGACAUACAGUAGUUUGCUAUAGGAAGUGUACCCAGGGAGAGGGGCUUUAAUGCUGGACUGAGGGCUCAGCUAUGGAAUGAGCCGCUCCUGGUCAGUUCUGAGGGAGAUGAGGAAACCGAUAAAAACAAAAAUCAUAUGCCACAUUUGAACAUCCGUCUUCAUGUAAACAGGUAGAGGGAAACACGUGAAGUUCAUAUGAAAGAUCCUGGUAUCUGUGAGGUGUCCGACGUACUGUGGGAAGAUUGGACUUCAGAGCAAAUUGAAAAAUUGGCACAUCCUGUGUUUAAUGUCCUCUGUUUGCCCAUUCAUGCUUCAUGUUUUCUAAUAAUCCAGAAUUACAAGAGGGACAGCAUCUGAGGCUUUUUCUCCACAGCUUGGACUAUAUGCUGUGUAGAUUGGUUGGUUGAGUUUGACAGAUUUGCCAAAGGAUUAGCACAACAGUCCCUGGUUCAGAUUGUAAGGGAGAGUGAAGUGGUUGUUCUCAUAGUAACACCAAGGACUCAUUACAGUUCAUUUCUUCUUUCUUCACAUUAAAUUAGAGGAAUUUUCUCACUGCACUUGACUCUGUAAGCACUUGGUGUAUUUACAACAGUCUUACGAGAGAAGAAAAUACAUUUUCAAUGUUGAUUCAGUUUUUAUUUAAUUUACUGUGUUCCUGAACAGACUGAUAGCCCUAACACUCACUGCUGUAUGUCAGGAAGAUCUGCGCAGUAGCAAUGGCUCUCCCCGUCUUUGUUCAUCCAUUCUGCAGCUUUUCCGUUCUUAAACAUAUUGAAGUGCCUCUGAUCACACGUGGACCAUUGGAAUUAGAUCAGUUGGCGCCAUCUUGUGGCUUGAGAAUGCAUUUUGUGUUACACCUGACAUUACAAGCUGGUAAAAGCAGUCCCCCAAAGUGUUAAGACGAUGUGACAUUUGCUAUAUAGGCACAGAGGUCAAGUCCAACAGGUGUACGUCAUUGUGGCUGCCAUGUCGUCAGAGAGGUUUGACCUAUGACCUGUGCAGAGAAAAUCAUGCUCCCUUUUCUCCGAAACCUUUCCUUUUCCCUCCAACUGAAGCAGAGAGAAGCUGAUGUGUGGUUGAAAAGAUGAUGUGAGUGCAGAGAGGACCGUUGCGUUCCCAUGUCCCACACACACAAGAGAUUAAUUGGUAAACCAAAUGGAUUCAAACUUUCAGACACUUUUGAAAGAUCAGAGAAGUCCCUUAAAUCCUGAGGGGAAAAUGACAUAUGAUUGCCUAUUCUUUAACCAGCAUCUCAUGUAUAUUUGAGCUAUUCUAUUUCCUAACCUCUGCUCCUUUCCAGUUAAUCAGAGUUAGUAUAUCAGACUUUGGCAGACCCUUUAAACUCUUAAUCCAGAGCUUUAACCCAUAUUGUAGUGCAGACUAUUUACUGAGGGGUAUUGCAACAUUGUCAGUAUUAUUACAUGUUUAUGUUGUUACAUGUUUGGAUGUUUAUUUGGCCAUUGACUGGCUGAUUUUGGAGUGUACAGAUGGAAAUCAGAGGAAUGAAAUUAGUAGCUGUUCAAUGCACUUUUAUUAUGGGACAUUUCCAUUAGCAGCACCAUUUUGAGGGCUUCUAUCCCUCCACACAUGAGAAGGGUGCAACGAAAGAGUGGUGCAAAAAUGAAAAUAAAUAAAUAAAAAAAUAAAUAAAAAACAUGGUGUGAAGAAGAAAGAGAGAAAAAGGCCAAGUGUGGUUGGGGACUCCGGCUGGGCCGCUGGAAACACGAUAUCAGUCAGUGUGUUGGAUGGCAGGGAUUUGUGGGGACACUCGUACAGAACAGGAGUGUACUGAGUCUUAAAUCCUCACCUGUCUGUGUCACCUUGGUGUGUAAAGGUUCUGACACCACCACAUUUCUGUCAGAUCACGCACUUGGUGUCGACCCGCAUGCCUAAAGAAGGGUGCACAAAGUGUGACGUGUUGACUUUAACCUUUAAUAGAAAAUUGCUUGCAAUAUGGAACACACCUGUUACACAACAGUUUGUACUGCCUGAGAAAAGUUGCACCCAGUUUUAGAGCUUGUAUAAUUGAGAGGAGUCAGUAUUUUUAUGGUUGGAAAAAAAAAAGUAUCCUCCACCGAAAGAUGUACAGUUGGAAAAAAAAGAAGCAUUUUGUACACCAUUCUUGAUGUUUGAGAGAAGUUAAAAAAGAUCAUAACAUUGAGGAAUGUUCCAUUUUCCUGUAAAUUGUACCUCUAUUUAUUUGCCUUAUUUAGUUUGCUAUAUUUUGUAUGUACACACAGCAUUACAACAAAAUGUUAUAUUAAAAAUAUGAAUAUGAAUAAUUAAACUGUGGUCCGUGUAUGAUGGAUAGUUUGAGACUUGUAUAAGAAUGAAAAUCCUUUUUUCCCAUUUCUAUAAUUUUAUUUUUGUUUUGUAUUUUUUUCUCACCCUGUGUCUUUUGUAGGGUUACAAUAAACUUUUGUCCCUUCCA